UUAUUCCACUGAGACAAGAAACGGACGACCAGAGCUCAGAGUUAGGAGAAAGCUGUGUUGUUUUAAUUAACUUUUACCAACCCACCCCCCUCUCCGUGCUUCGUUUCACAUCUCUAAAAGCCCUGAGCACGUUGUGCUUGUUCCCACUGUACAGCAUUAUGAUUGAUGCGAUUAUCAGUAAAAUUGAUUGUGUACCAUUGACCUCACCCACUUUGCCAAGAUGACCUACAAUGCUUUGUUUUUCCUUCCCCCCCUUAAAUUCUGUGGUGUCAAACAAAAGCUGCCAGUGGUGGUGAAGCUAUUAAGCAAAUACUCUCAUUAUAACACAAAACAUAAUGAAUAUGUAAAUGAUGUGUGUAAUUUAUGCACGAAGGGAGACACUUCUGCAUUAUUCCAACCGCUAUUGUGUUCCCCCAUUUAUAUCCUGUUUUCCUUAAAAAUUCACACUCUUACACCAAUUUUCUUAGACCACAUCCUGAGAGGGAAUCCAUGGGGGAUCUUUGGAGAUUUUAUUUUGCUUUUAAAAAAAAAAAAGCAUUUCUCAAUCCUUUUAACUAGGAUGUGUAGUUUCUAAUAGUGUCUCUGACUCGACCCAUUUUCUGUUUUUCCUCUUUUAGCUCACAAUCUAUCCACUGCAAAAACAAACCACGGGGUGAUGCGUCAAACCAAUAACUUUGGGUUUGAACAAGGUUCUAUUUUCCUUGGAAUAUGAAUGUGUGAAAUGAAAACAACAACAAAACCGUGUCGUAGCUCACAUCUGCUCUUGAAUGGGUCUCCCAUUUGCCCGUACGUGACUGUGUUGAUCUUUUUGUGUGGUCCAAACUGUGUGGCAUGUCCUGAUAGACGGAGACUAGCCUUCUCCUGUCUAGGAUAAACACCUAUAAUACUCCAGCUCCCCUGGCAAUCACCAUAGCAACAAACCACGGUACUCACGUGAGUUGCAUAAUAAGAUGUUCCCCAAGACCGCGGACCAUAAAGCACAGACGAACUAGACACCUGCAGCGACGGAUGUGCAUGUGAAAACACCCGAUUUGAAACCAUAAGCCAAAUUCAACGCAGAUCCGACUGCUUAUCGAUAAUCUUGAGACGCCUCAUGCACCUUUUUCCGUCUCCCCAGUUCUAACAGGUGCUGAUGAGCUGCAGUCAAUGAUUGUAAUGAGCUAUCGAUCACCGUGGGAAAACAGAGGGACAGAGAGGGUUGAGGAAGGCAGGGGAAACAAGAGGACAAACGGGGAGACUGCAAGAAUGAAAAAUAAAAAAUAAAAACUGCAAAAAGCUCCCCCAGACAGAAUAUCGAUACUUGCCUCAAUCAAGCCCACCUAUCCUUUUGUUGUAUUUAAAAAUGGAAGUUAUGGAACUGUGUUUUUCCUGUAAAGGGCAGACAAGGGGGGGAUUCGGGGCUGCUCUUGCGCUUGCUGAUUUAAAGAUGACCAUGCAGACACGCUUUUCAUGACCAACUCCAGAUGCCAGCGAAUGGCACUGACGCAGUAUCUCUAUUUUCCUCUUCUUUUUUUUAUGUGUGUAUGCGGUGUGCAUAGAGUGGAAGGCAGACAGCUUUAGGGGAGGGGGAAGUGUGUUUGCCUGUGUGUGUGUGUGUGUGUGUGUGUGUGUGUGUGAGUCGGCUGGCGUUUCAGAUAAUGAAAUGCAGCAGGGAACAAAGAGCUGGGGGCCCCUAUUCUCUGUGCUGCAGCUUCAUUUUCACUCCUGUCAGUCUAUGAUUCUUCCAUAGCUUCUUUCUUGUGUACAUGUAAGCGCGCGCACGCUCGUGUGUGUUUAUGUUAUAUGAGCUGCUUGUGUUGUGCGCAAGUGUGUCCCCCCCCCAACCCUCCUCUUCCUGUUAGCAUUCUGCAUGGCAGAUUCCCUACUGUAAUAACUGUGUCUGCAUGUCUAAUUUACAGCAGGAGAGAGUAAAUAGCCUGUGGUUAAUUACAGUACGUGUGUGCGUGUGUGUGUACAUGUGUGUGUGUCGACAUGCGCGUGGGUGUGUCAGGAUGAUUUAUGAGUUGCAAAUAGCUACACCACUGCCCCGUUUCUCCUCACUUAGUUUUUAAUCUGUCUUUCCAUUAAUUUUCCUGGAGAUGUUAUUAUGGUUUUAUAACGGCGUGCACGAGGAUUCGCGUGUGUGUGAAUGCGCGCGUUUGUUAAUGAGACAGAGGUGAGGACAUUUUGCGUGGAUCCAGCCUUAUACCUGCCGGUUGCACUUCUUGCAUUUUUGUUACCUUCUGUCCCUACGCCCGUUCCCUCUUCUCUGGCGCUACGUUCGCUCUCUUCAUUGAGAGUCGCAACGAACACAGAUCUUUAUUGACAGUACACGGUGGAACAUGGAAACAGCAGGUCAAUCCGUUUAGCCCAAGGGCCGAUACACCAAUUCACCAAUUUGUCAGUGUUAGUUUGAGGGAGAAAAGCAGCUAAUCUCUCCUCUCUGCUCUCUAUUGAUCACACACUUAGACUCCACUUCUCUGUCUAAACACUAUUGAUUCUCCCUCUCUCUCAAUCUCCUUCCCUUCUUCCUCUCUUUCUGGAUCGCCAUCCUCGCAUACCGGAGCUUUCGUCGCUGCUCUUCACGUGGAAGUUAAAAAAAAAAAAAAAAAAACACGGCGGGCCCUUUGGCGUCAAAGUCUGAGGGCACAUUUUCUGAUGCUGCUUAUCAUCUUAUCCGUGCAUUCGGUUGCAAUUUGGCCCGCCGGUGCCGCAAAGCACCGUCCCCUGCUGCGUAUGUUCAAAAUUUGCACGUUGUCUCAUUAGAAAAAUCAAUUACUUAGCGACCCUUAAACAGCAGGGAAUGCAAACCAUGAUUAAAAAUUCACUGCUGGGCACACCGUCUCCUGGCUUUGGGGUUUUUGUUUUUUUUCACUCGCUCUCUCAUCACAGGGCGCACAUUGGAAAGGAAACAGGUUCUUGUCAAAGAUUAAAGCCUUGCUAAAAUAACCGACUGGAAAAAAACAAAAAAAAAAAACAAAGCGAGUGACUUCACAGCACCUCCACAUCCAUCAGCUCUGUGUUUGAUUCUGUUCGAGCCCCCAGAUGAACUUCCUGUCAAAUUCUUUAAAUCCAAGUACUUACACCUUGGAUAAAACGUCGAAGAACAGAGAAGCCUUGGGUGUGUUGCCGACGUCGAAAUUUGCAAAGCAUGGAUUAAUCCACGCGGCUCCACUCUACCUUCUAUCUAAUUAAUGAAAUGUAAACAAGGACUCCCAUCUGUUACCCACAUGGUUAAAGCCAGCGAAGCAGUUUCACUCGUCUCCUUUUCUCUGCUUUUCCUUAAGCUCUUGCUCCCCCUGCUGGCGAGGUUGACUUAUUACAGAGGUUAUAAAACACACGCACACAUGUCUUUUGUAAGUAAAAGUCAGCUGGCGUUGUGUAACCGGUCGUGUUGGCUGUGAAUGUAGUGUUUGGCGUUUCACUAUCAAACACUUUUGGCUGUAAUUUACCGGCACAUUUAAGUAGCAUUUAGGAUGCCUCCGUCGGCCGCCGGGGACCAAGCUGCGGUGAGGCAGAUGUUGAGGGAGGUGCUGGUGGGCCGAGAAGAUCCGGAGGGCUUCUUCGCGAUGUGCGUGUCCGUCCUGGGCCACCAAGAGACCCGCUCCCAGUUUCUGGCCAUCAUCAAGCCGCUGUCCACGGCCAACAUCCGGCUGCACUCCGUCCUCAGCGCCCUCUACCAGCAAUACUUCUCAAAGCCUGAGGACGAUGAGCUGGAACUUGCUUUGGCGCUCUCUCUUCUGGAAAUGAAAGAUAACCCGAUGCCAACCCCUAACCAGUCGCCCCUCCAGCCUGGAAUCAGAGACGAUCCUAGCUCCGUUCUCCUCAGUUCAAAACCAAAGUCUCAGGGAAGGACCUGCACCCAACCUCAGGAUGUACACUGCAGAGGAAAAAGUGCCCUCCCAGUACAGUCAAGUUCCAAGAGUAAGGAAAACUUACCAGAAACCAAGACUCAUAAAGGUUUGCAUGUUGAAAGCGCUGAUCACCAGUCACUUGGGACGAGCCAGGAUCUUCGUGUUCCAGUGUCCUCUGCCUCGUUUUCCGUUCCAAACGCAACCUCCAAAAGUGACCAAAUGAUGCAGGAGGGAGAUGUGAAUCCGUCGGAGAAACCAAGACGUCCUAAAAGUAGGCGGCAGCGGCGAAAAGCGGCGGCCCAGCAGAUUGUAGGUUUAGCCUGCUCUCCAUCAGCACCGCCGCCUGUUUUGCUGUGGUUCAGGAGAGAUCUUAGACUCUGUGACAACCCUGCUCUCAUCAGAUCUCUGGAGCUGGGUGCACCUGUCAUCCCUGUCUUUAUUUGGUGCCCUGAAGAGGAGGAGGGUCCAGGGGUCACCGUGGCUAUGGGGGGAGCUUGUAAAUACUGGCUUCAUCAGGCGUUGUCUUGCUUUUGUGCAUCCCUGGAGCAGAUCGGCAGCCGUCUGAUCUUCCUCAAGGCCGGUGGAGAGGGAAAUGAGCGCAGGUCUUCUCUGCAUACUCUAAAAACGUUAGUGAAGGAGACCGGGGCACAAACUGUGUUGGCUAAUGCUUUGUACGAACCGUGGCUGAAGGAGAGGGAUGAUGUGGUCCUGUCGGCCCUUCGGAAAGAGGGCAUUGAUUGCGAGAUGUUCCACUCCUACUGUCUCAGAGAUCCGUUUUCUGUCAGCACCGAGGGUGUGGGGCUCAGAGGAAUUGGUUCAGUGUCUCAUUUCAUGAGCUGCUGCAGACAGAACCCGGGUCCUGCCAUAGGGGUUCCCCUGGACCCACCAGUGUCUCUUCCCUCACCUGCCCUUUGGCCACAAGGGGUCCCUAUGGAUUCACUCGACCUCGCACGCAUGCCACGCAGGAAGGACGGCACAAUCAUUGACUGGGCUGCAAACAUUCGCAAGUCCUGGGAUUUCAGUGAAGAUGGAGCACAUGCCCGCCUGGAAGCCUUUCUUCAUGACGGUGUGUAUAGGUAUGAAAAAGAGUCGGGCAGGGCGGAUGCACCGAACACCAGCUCCCUGUCUCCCUACCUGCACUUCGGUCAGCUCAGUCCACGCUGGCUCCUGUGGGACGCCAAAGGAGCGCGAUGUCGACCUCCAAAGUUCCAACGCAAGCUGGCGUGGAGGGAUUUGGCUUACUGGCAGCUAACACUGUUUCCCGACCUGCCCUGGGAAUCCCUCAGACCCCCAUAUAAGGCGUUGCGUUGGAGCACCAAUCGCAGCCACCUGAAGGCCUGGCAGAAGGGUAAAACCGGCUACCCUCUGGUGGACGCAGCCAUGAGGCAGCUGUGGCUGACAGGCUGGAUGAACAACUACAUGCGACAUGUGGUGGCAUCUUUUCUCAUUGCGUAUCUCCAUCUGCCUUGGCAAGAGGGCUAUCGCUGGUUCCAGGACACCCUGGUGGACGCAGAUGUUGCUAUAGAUGCUAUGAUGUGGCAGAAUGGCGGCAUGUGCGGCCUGGAUCACUGGAACUUCGUCAUGCAUCCAAUCGACGCGGCGAUGACCUGCGACCCGUACGGCAGCUACGUCAGGAAAUGGUGCCCUGAGCUUGCAGGUUUGCCAGAUGAGCUCAUCCACAAACCCUGGGCGUGUCCGGCGUCCAUGCUGCGGCGAGCGGGUGUGGCGUUUGGCCAGACGUACCCCGAACGAAUCGUUACCGACCUGGAGGAGCGGAGGAGCAAAUCCCUACAAGAUGUGGCUCUGGUGCGCAAGCAGUUCCAGCAGUAUGUCGACAAGCGCUCGGGCUGCGACUUGGUGCCUUUGCCUAAACGCCUGGUCUCCAAGACUCUGGGUUUGUCCCACCGGGACGGGGCUGUGGUGACAGAAGGGAAGGAGUUCCUGCUGCCCGUCAUCACCCGCAUGGAGUUCAAACACCAGCUCGAGGACCCGGACGCUGACGCAGCGUCAAACCCUUACAACGCUGUCCUCAAAGGAUACGUGAGCCGCAAGAGGGACGAGACCAUAGCCUUCCUCAACGAGAGGGACUUUACAGCGAGCGUUAUGUACGAGGGAGCACAGAGACAGGAGAGGCUAGAGAGGGACCGCCGCAGAAUGGAGGGUCUACCCCCAGCUCCCUCGCCCCGUGGAAGGGCCAGAAGGACUCCGACAGCCAAGGACAAAUUCUCCAUUGUACCCGGUGGUGCCAUCGCUUCAACGAACUGAACCAGAGACCAGCACGAAGUAGCUUAAAGGAUCAAAGUGACAAUAUUGUAAUAUGUUGAAAGAACUUGAGUUAGAGAUGGAUUUGUCUUUGUUUUGGUUUAAAAGGUUUCUUGGGUGGUUUUGUUUUGAGCAGCUGGAUCUCAAAGUAGGGCUUCUGUCACUCCAUGAGCACACUAAGAUGUUGAGACAGCAGUGAGUCUGCCUAUUCUAAGGCAAAAUCCUGUAUUUGCAGUGCCUUGCAAAAUUAAUUAAAACCAUAAAGUUCAA